GCAGGGCCGAGCUCAAUUUGAAACUGAAGAGCAACCUGAGCGGAAUAAUCGGACAUCAUGAAGGAUUUAUUUCGUCUCCCUGAUUGUCGUUAUUAUUAGACUUUCAUAAAAAUGAACCGAUGCGCAAACAUUAGUCUGUUUCUCGCUGUGGAUUUUCUGCUGUUUCUAAUGGGCUUAUCAAAGGACACACCGACGCUUGGCUUCAAAGGUAGUCCGAGGCUACUCUUUCCUGAUAUAAUCAAUGGUAGAUAUCAGCAUGAAGUUAAUCAGACCCACACUGUCUUCUUCUAUAAAGACCAAUAUCUUUAUGUUGGAGGGAUGGAUUUUGUUAUUAAACUAAAUACAAAUGAUUUCCAUGUCAUAAAGAAGUUUCCAAUCCCAACGACUGGAAAGCAUCAUUGCUUUGACGGUCCCUGUAAAAAUGUAAUCACCGUCAUUGAGGAGUUCCAGGAUCGCCUGCUUGUUUGUGGAACAAAUGGACACAAACCGUGGUGCUGGGAUCUUCAGUUUACUUCUGAGAAUCUGACCUAUGAGGUGUUGCCAAGCGACAACGGCAUAGGCAUCUCCCCUUUGGACUACACACAAAACAGUUUAUCGCUCACAGUGGAUGGGGAUUUAUACGCAGCAGCACCUUUGGACAUUGAAGGAAAUUCUUUGCACUUCAGGAGAAAACGUGGCAAGCGCCCUCAUCUCUGGAUGUAUGAUCGCUGGUUAUCAGAGCCCACAUUCAUCUCUGCAUCCUGGGUGAAGCGUAGGGACGAUCCGGAGAAUGAGAAAAUAUACAUUUUCUUUCGAGAGAAAAACUCCAACCACAACCCAGAUGCUGAACCCUGGAUUUCUAGGGUGGCCAGAGUGUGUAAGAAUGAUGAAGGUGGAUCAAAAAGAUUUUUACAGAACAUGUGGACAUCGUUCCUCAAGGCCCGCCUCGUCUGUGGGUUUCCAGAAGAGUCGCUAUAUUUCAAUCGUCUCCAGGACAUCUAUGUGAUGCAUGCCGAUGACUGGCAAAAUACCAGAGUCUACGGCAUUUUCACAAGCAGCUGGAACUCAACAGCGGUUUGCAUCUAUUCAAUUGAAGCAAUAGAGAAGUUAUUUGAAAGCUCAUUGUUUAGGGGCUUUAAUAAAGAAAUCCCUACACCAAGGCCUGGAACAUGCGUGCCAAACAGUAAAGUUAUUUCAUUUGACACACUGAAUGUAGUGAGGGACCAUCCUGAAAUGGUAAACUGGGUGCACCCCCUCCAUUACAAAGCUCCUUUCUAUGUGAGCAACUACAAUUACACCAAGAUAGCUGUUGACCAGGUUAAAGCAGCAGAUGGGCAACUGUACAACGUUUUGCUCCUUGCUACUGAUACUGGCAAGAUCCAUAAAGUCCUAGAGGCUGGUUCGGAGCCUUUCAUCAUAUCGGAAACACAGCUCUCCAACAGUUCAACCAUACAGGCAAUGAAGCUUGACUCCAAAAAGAAAAAGUUAGUGGUGGGUUUUCCUGAGAAAAUCUCCACAGUGGACCUUCAGAACUGCGAAAACUACAACAGCUCUUGUGCUGAGUGUGUCCUGGCAAGGGACCCAUACUGUUCAUGGACCACAUCUGGAUGUACCCCCAAUAACAUCGAGGGCAUUCAGAAUAUAAAGGAUGGACAUACAACUGUGUGCCAAACGGCAGUAGUGAAUGAAGUAAAGGUAUUGGUCAGGCGCAAAAGGCAGACAGAUUCACUUAAUCACGCAAUCCCCAAAGGCGUCCCCUUCUAUCUGUCCUGUCCUAUAGAGUCCUAUCAUGCUAAGUACACCUGGGAGCAUCAAGGUCGAAACUUUUCUUGCCUGCAGAUGCUUUCUAACUGUUUGCACCUUAUUCCUUCAAUGGAAAUUGAAAACUAUGGUGAAUAUAAGUGUAUCUCCAUAGAGAAGGACUACAAAAAGACUUUGAAACAAUACCAGCUUACGGAGCAGGGGAUUCCAGAUGAAAAGAAAAGCUGUUGUGAUCCUAAACUAAAUAAUGCAAUAGGCCUUUCUCCGCAGCUGACGUGGAUAUUAUUACAGAUUGUGGUGUUGUGGGCAAUUUUGAGUUAAAUCCUGUCAACAACAGUUUUGAACAUGCAAAUAAA